AUGGCGCCCAAAGAAGACCUCGACCAAGUCUCCUCGGCGCUGGAUCCAACACACGACGAUGUCUUUGGGGAGAUCACCGAGGAAGGGCCCAAUUUCCGAAAUGUUGGCUUCACCGGAACCGUGAUCCUCAUGAUGAAGACUCAGAUCGGCCUUGGUGUGCUUGCCAUCCCGUCUGCAUUGGAUGUCCUAGGCAUGGUCCCGGGCGUUCUCUGCAUGAUUGCCAUUGCCGUCGUCACGACGUGGUCCGGGUACAUGGUCGGAGCCUUCAAGCUCAAGCACCGCGCGGUGUAUAGCAUUGACGAUGCAGGGGGCAUUAUGUUCGGGCUACCUGGGAGGGCGUAUCUCUCUGCGGCUUUUUGUCUUUAUUACAUCUUCAACAGCGGCUCCGCCAUUCUCGGCAUCUCGAUCGGCCUGAACGCAGUCUCUACCCACGCCACGUGCACCGCCGUCUUCGCAGCGGUCGCAGCCAUCGCCGGGUUCAGCCUGAGUAGCGUUCGCACGCUGGGCAGGAUCACCUGGCUCGCAUGGAUCGGCCUGCCGUGUAUCCUCGCCGCUAUCAUCAUAGUGACCAUCGCGGUCGGCAUCCAGGACCGUCCAGCCUCGGCAGCACAAACAGAAGGUCCCUGGUCCUCCGACUGGAAGGUCAUCGGACACCCUUCCUUUGCACAGGGGAUCGCAGCAGUCUCGAACCUACUCUUUGCAUUUUCGGGCACACCGGGCUUCUUCUCCAUUGUCUCGGAAAUGCGCGAUCCCCGGCAAUAUACCGGCGCCAUGCUCACCUGCCAGACGGGUGUAACGGCCGUGUAUGCAGUGAUUGGCUGCGUCAUCUAUUACUACUGUGGCAGCCACGUCUCCUCGCCGGCGCUGGGCUCCGCAGGCGGCGCGAUCAAGAUCAUUAGUUAUGCGUUUGCGCUGCCCGGGCUGUUGGUUACCAUGACCAUCGUCACGCAUAUCCCCGCCAAAUUCAUCUUCGUCCACGCCCUCCGCGGCUCACGGCACCUGACCAGCAACACCCUGAUCCACUGGACGACGUGGAUCUCAUGCACCCUCGGCAUCACCGUGAUCGCAUACAUCAUCGCGUCUACGAUCCCCGUUUUCGACGCGCUGGUCUCGCUAAUCGGGGCGCUUCUCGGCCCCGCAAUGUGCAUCCAGCCGAUGGGGGCUAUGUGGCUGUACGAUAACUGGGCCAAGGGCAGGGAGGGGGGAAGAUCGAAGCGGUGGGUGGCCAUGGUGUUCUGGAGUGUAUUUGUGAUUGUAAUCGGGACGUUUAUGAUGGUUGCAGGGACGUAUGGGUCUGUUGUUGGGAUCAUCGACUCGUAUAGUGAGAGUGGAGGGUCAAGGGCGUUUUCGUGUGCGGAUAACUCGAAUUCGGUGUGA